UGAGUUCUUGAGCCGGACGUUGGGUAAAGCCGUGCGCGGGUAGUUUCUCCCUCAGCUUCAUCGUGGGAAGAAGAGUUUCUUGAUCAAGUCGUGUUUGACUUGCCCUUUCGGGAGGCAGAGAAGGGUAGUCACUCCAUACUCGAUCAAGAAGAAGAAGAAGUUCCAUGGCUUUGUGUUUGACUUGUCCUCUACGUCAGCUUCAUCGUGGGAAGAGGAGCUUCUUGAUCGAGUCAUGUUUGACUUGCUCUCUCGGGCGGCAGAGAAGGGUACUCACUCCACGCUCGAUCAAGAACAAGAAGAAGAAGAAGUUCCAUGGCUUCGUUCUCCUCCAGUGAUGGCCAGGAAGAUCAGGUACUGAGGCUCCAUUGCUUUACAGAACGGGCGACUAUGCUGUGCAGAGAGUGGUUCUUGGUUCUUCCGGUUUUGGUGGAGGAGAAGUCGUUUGCGAGGACGCUGAUACUGAACAGACCCAAGCAGCUGAAUGCUGCUACGGAUUAUAUGAUAUCUCGAUUUUUGGAACUUUUACUUCUUUAUGAGAAGGAUUCUAAUGUGAAGUUGGUAAUCGUAAAGGGGAAAGGGAGAGCAUUUUCUGCCGGUGGUGAUGUCACAUCUUCUGUGUGUUAUAUCAAUAGUGGAAAAUGGAAGUCGGUUGCAAUCUUCUUCCGGAAGAAUUACACUUUAGAUUAUCUGAUAGCAACAUACAGUAAACCUCAAGUUUCAAUCUUGAAUGGCAUUGUCAUGGGAGGAGGGGCUGGUUGUUCCAUACAUGGUAGUUUUCGCGUGGCAACAGAAAAUUCGGUUUUUGCUAUGCCUAAAACAGCUCUGGGUCUCUUUCCAAACAUAGGUGCCUCAUAUUUCCUUUCAAGGCUCCCAGGACAUUUUGGGGAAUAUCUUGGUCUUACUGGUGCUAGAUUGGAUGGAGCAGAGAUGCUUGUAUGUGGCCUUGCAACUCACUUUGUUCCCUCGCCGAAAUUGCCGUCACUUGAAGCAGCUCUACACACGGUAGAUUCUAGCAAUCAAGCUGUAAUUUCAGCAAUCAUUGGCAAAUACUCUGAGCUGCCUACGUUGAAAGAGCAAAGUGCAUACCAUCGGUUGGAUGUCAUCAAUAGGUGCUUCUCACGAAGAACAGUGGAAGACAUUCUAUCUGCUCUUGAGCGAGAAGCCGCAAAUAAAGUGGAUGGUUGGAUCCUUGCCUCAAUUCAGUCAUUAAAGAAAGCGUCACCAACAAGCCUUAAAAUUUCUCUUAGAUCGAUAAGAGAAGGUCGACUACAAGGAGUUGGGCAGUGCCUUGUACGAGAAUACAUAAUGGCUUGCCACGUGAUCCGAGGCGAAGUCAGCAAGGACUUUUUGGAGGUUCUGUAA